AAAAGAUCGUGAAAUAUUUUAAAUAUAAAUAAUAAGUAUUGAGUGAAAUAAAACGUCUUUGAAAUGAUGGUGACAAAAGGAACAAUUUUCUUCUUGUUACUUAUUAUUGGGAUUGUUUUAUCAAGUAAAAUAGAAACGAGAUCAUGUCAAUCAUGCGGUGGAGAGUGUGAAACAGCUUGCAGAACCGCUUAUUAUCGAAUUUGCUGUUUGAAUUAUGUGAAAAAAAGGAGUAUGUCGCAAAUGUUACCUUUGGAAAUGGAUCCGAGUUUGAGAUUGGAACUUUGGCUGGCCAAAUCGAAAUCGAGUCCUUUCUAUCAACGAAGUUUCGAAGAGACCAUUUUGAAACAAGCCGCCGAAGAAGAUCAAAUUCCAUCCUAAAGGUUGAAGAAACAAAAAUUUCAUUGAAAUAAAAGUAUUAAAAAAAAAUGAUUUUGAAAA